AGCUGGCCUGAAACAAGGAAGCGACAUCGCAUGCGUACCAAACAUAGGAGUCUCACAGUAUGGCUGAGUUUGGUGAAUAAGAUAGGCUCCUCGUGAUGCCAGCGGGUAUGCACUUAAAAGACCACAGAACCGAAACGGAUAUGAAGAACUCACGGUGUUACUGAGUGGAAAAACGAAGCCGGAAGUGAUCUGGGAUAACGCUCAAGGAAACUCUGUCACCUUCGGUUGGUGCUUGGUCGAGCCGGCAGACCCUACGUCACUUCCUCAAGUUAUUUCCAUUUGUUUGUGACCAACGCCAGCAGUUAUCCUGCACCCUACACACCACAGAUAACGAUGCUGCUUUAUUUCAAACAUGUCGGGGUGAGAUAUAUUUAAACUUCCGUUCUCUGAGAAACUGCAGGAGAUCCGGCAGCGACCAGACGUGUUAGCUUGAGCAGAGGCAGAAAAACGUGCGACCGCUACGAUAAAGUACUUGUUCGGCUAACGUUAGCUAGCUAGUUUAGGUUAAUUGGCCACCUAUUGUUAGCCUGGUCCCCGGUGCGGCGGUGUUGGGUAACGUCAGCCGGCUCGUUCACCGCUGUGGACCGAUGGAGUGCCCUCAUCUGAGCUCGAACGUGAGCUGCGCUGUGGAUUCACCCGGGUUCCCUCACGGGGCGCCGUCCUCCUGGUGCUGCAACGUCUGCAGGUCUAAUAAAAGUCCGUGGAUUUGCCUCACGUGUACCACGGUCCACUGUGGAAGAUAUGUCAAUGGACAUGCAAAGAAGCACUUUGAAGACACUCAAGUUCUCAGCAACAGUCAAAGGAAGGUCGAGAAACAGGAAAAAGAGAAAUCCCAUCACUCUGUCUGCAUGGACUGCAGCAACUUCAGUGUGUUUUGUUACAGAUGUGAUGAAUUUGUUGUCAAUGACACUAAACUUGGGCAUGUGCAGAAGGUGAGGGAGCAUCUUCAGAGUUUAGAAAACUCAGCUUUGAUGGGUGACAGACAGAGGAAAAGAAAACUCCAGGAAAGUCCAGCUCCAGACAGCAAACUGUUAAAAGACAAUGACGUGGCAGCUUUAGGUGCCACAGGCCUGCGGAACUUGGGCAACACGUGCUUCAUGAACGCCAUUCUGCAGUCGCUCAGCAACAUCGAGCAGUUCAGCUGUUAUUUCAAGGAGUUGCCCGCGGUAGCUCUCCGCAGUGGUAAGACAGCAGGAAGAAGGAUGUACCACACCCGCAGCCAAGGGGACAACAGUGUGUCGUUAGUGGAGGAGUUCAGGAAAACCCUUUGUUCGCUGUGGCAGGGCAGUCAGACUGCCUUCAGUCCAGACUCCUUAUUUUAUGCCAUAUGGAAAAUCAUGCCAAGUUUCAGGGGUUAUCAGCAGCAGGACGCCCACGAGUUCAUGCGCUACCUGCUGGACCACCUCCACAGAGAGCUGCAGUACAGUCGUAACGGGUCGUCGCUCCCGGUCUCACCUCAGGAUGGCGUCAGACUCUCCACGGCAGAGGGCAAAUGCUGCAUAAAUGGGACUGCCAGUGUUGUCACUUCAAUUUUUGGCGGAAUACUUCAGAAUGAGGUCAACUGCCUGAUAUGUGGGACAGAAUCUCGAAAGUUUGAUCCAUUUCUUGAUUUGUCUUUGGACAUUCCUAGCCAGUUCAGACAAAAGAGAAGUAAGGACCAGGAGCCAGGACCAACCUGCACCUUGCGUGACUGCUUACGUAGUUUCACUGACCUGGAAGAACUUGAUGAAACAGAGCUGUACUAUUGCCACAAAUGUAAAAAGCGACAGAAGUCCACGAAGAAGUUCUGGAUUCAAAAGCUGCCAAAGGUUUUGUGUCUUCACCUUAAAAGGUUCCACUGGACAGCCUUCUUGAGAAACAAGGUCGAUACCUAUGUGGAAUUUCCACUGAAAGGCCUGGACAUGAGGGGAUACCUGCUUGAGCCAGAGAACUCUGUACCAGGGAGUUGCCUGUACGACCUUGCGGCUGUUGUCGUGCAUCAUGGUUCUGGGGUUGGAUCAGGGCAUUAUACAGCAUAUGGCAGCCACAAGGGCGGCUGGUACCACUUCAACGACAGCACAGUAACUCUGACCAAUGAGGAUGCAGUGAGGAAGGCCAAGGCCUACAUCCUCUUCUACGUGGAGAGGACUGGCCACGUGCCCUCAGACAAGACCACCACCAACAAACCCGCUGUGGACAACACGGCCCCAGACGGCAUUUCUUCAGGAGCAGGUGGCCGGGACCAAGUCACAGCAGAUACGGAGGCUGCAGAUGGUGUUUCGAUGGAUGCAGCAGCCUCACACAUGGUGGAUACCUUGGACAAGAAAUCCCCAGAUAACGUCAACGUGGCAAAUGUGGGUAGAGACAUGGAUGAAGCUGACACAGAUAGAGAUUCCUCUGACAAGGCUGCAACAGAGGAGAGCGGCCAAGCUAUACAGACGUCUGCACAAUGAUUCAGUCAGACUUCACUGCCUUAGACCAGCUCCUCACUCCAUGUCGGCUCCACGUCGGCCACAUCUCACACAGUGCUUGAUUAUAAUAAUUUUUCUAUGUAUAAUAAUAUAUGUGCAACAAUUCUUCUUUUAUGACUUGCAUGACGGCAUCAUGUAUAAUUUGCUGCUUGAUUUUUGUUUAGUAGACUCUGCAUUUAUUUCCUUGAUGUUGUAAUCUUCAGUUGAGGUAGACUUCUCCGUAUGUAAUAGAUUACAAAGGUGAUUGUUAAGUAAUGAAGCUUUAGCCUUGGAAAACCUCAGUUGGUCCAAUGUUUAGACUGAUGAGACACUGUGUCAUUGUGAAAAGAAUAGGGUUUUUUUUUUUUUUUAAAGUUUCUAACUAUAUUUUCCACAUAUUAAGAACCUCAGUUCUUUUUUUACAGGUAUUAGUGGAGAUUUUAGGAUUUAAAUCCAACACAUUUAUUGACUGAGAGUUGCUCUUUAGAGUCUUAGAAAGUUGUUUUAACCUCUUGACCAGAACCAAUGUGAAAGAAAUGAUCAUUGUCUAAUUGUUUAGUUUUUUGUCUGUACUGGUGUCGGAGUAUAUUUGAACUACACACGCCCCAUGAACUUCAGAAAAUGUAUCAGGCAAAGUGAACAUGACAAAAUACAACGAAGAGUCUUUUUUUUUUUCAAAUGUUUGAUGUUUUUCUGAGCUCCACUCCUUUUCUAGUGAGCCUGGCAGCGAGCCGUUACCACGAUCAGACAUCCUGUAACACUGAUAGCUAAGCAGACACUCUUCUGAUGCACCUGCUCUGAAAGUCCUUUUUUAAAUAGUGCUUUAAUAGGCAGAAUAUUGCUUUGAAUAAGAGAACAAUUAGCUCAUGUAAUCACAAAACCUCAGAUGAGAAAUGUCAAAUUUCAGAUCCAGAUUCAGUUUAUUCCUGAUUUAGUUUAUCUAAAUUAAGCUCUGGGUUACAGAAUUAAAAAAUAAAAUAAAAACUUCUUCUCCAGGACAGAGGGGCGGAUAAAAAGUUGACACUGUCAGUCAUUCGACAGAAUAUUAAUAUGCAAUUGUUAAAACUGCUGACUUGGUGUUUCAGACAUUUGAUACCUUUUGUUUUAAAAAUGUGAUGUUUUUAUAUACAUUUUCAUGUUCUUUGACAAAUUUUAAUGACCAAAAUGUAAAAUAAAUAUAGACUAGAAGUACAUUUUUCCAAAUGUAAACAUUUAGUCUAGUCAUUUAUUACUGUUUACAUAGGAUGUCACGUUUUGUAAGCUGGACACAUGCACACCAGAAGGUACAUUGGUAAUUGUCCCAACACCGGUAUUAUUGUUGUUCGUUAAUGGAAAACAGCCUUUGAUAUGUUCAAAUACGACCUUAGAGAGAAAAAAAUGUUUUAGCAUGCCUCUUUUUUUUCCUCCCUUCCCUCUAGCGAACAUCUCCACCCACACACACUCAUGAGAGCGCCCCUCAGGACACGUGCCAGCCAAUCAGCCUUCUCGCUCAGGCAGGAACAAGUGCUUCUGUAUAUGCUGAACAACAGCUGCUCCUCCUCACCUGCUCACCGGUGGCUGCAGGCUCGCUGCUCCAUCCC